CUUCCCCUAGCUCUCGAGCGCCCCGGGACCCCGGGGACUACCGAGCUGGGGGGGCGCUCGAGCUGCGAGGAUCCGGGCUGCCCGCCGGAAGAGGAGCGGGCGCCCAGGGUCCUUGGUAGCGUGACUUUGACAACUUGUCAGCUCUGUAUGGGUGCGUGGCAGAUGUGGAUGUGGGGAAGCCCAGAGAUGACAAGGGCAGAGUGAGCUCUGUAAGGAUGGGAUGCGUGAAGUCCAAGUUCCUCCGGAACGGAGGCAAGGUCUCAAAAACCGAGCCCAACACCAACCCACACAGCCCCUUGUAUGUGCCGGAUCCCACGUCCUCGGGCAAGCGGUGGCCUGACAGUAGCAACGGCAACCCACCAGGGUCCACAGAGGGUAAGUAACUGGCAGGCCCGUGCAGUGGAGUCUGGUGAUCGGGGUUCUGAGGAUAUUAUUGUGGUUGCCCUGUAUGAUUAUGAUGCCAUUCACCAUGAAGACCUCAGUUUCCAAAAGGGGGACCAGAUGGUGGUCCUGGAGGAGUCUGGGGAGUGGUGGAGAGCGCGAUCUCUGGCCACCCGGAAAGAGGGCUACAUCCCAAGCAACUACGUUGCCCGCGUCAACUCUCUGGAGACAGAGGAGUGGUUCUUCAAGGGCAUCAGCCGAAAAGAUGCAGAGCGCCAACUCCUGGCCCCUGGCAACGUGCUGGGCUCCUUCAUGAUCCGGGACAGCGAGACCACCAAAGGGAGCUACUCUUUGUCCGUGCGAGACUACGACCCCCAGCACAGGGACACGGUGAAACAUUACAAGAUCCGCACGCUGGACAAUGGGGGUUUCUACAUCUCGCCCCGGAGCACCUUCGGCAGCCUGCAGGAACUGGUGGCCCACUAUAAGAAGGCGAGCGAUGGACUCUGCCAGAAGCUGACGGUGCCCUGCAUGUCCUCCAAGCCCCAGAAACCUUGGGAGAAAGAUGCCUGGGAGAUCCCCCGGGAGUCCCUCAAGAUGGAGAAGAAACUUGGAGCUGGGCAGUUUGGGGAAGUCUGGAUGGCCACCUACAACAAGCACACCAAGGUGGCCGUGAAGACGAUGAAGCCUGGGAGCAUGUCCGUGGAGUCCUUCCUGGCAGAAGCCAACCUGAUGAAGACUCUGCAGCAUGACAAGCUGGUGAAGCUGCACGCUGUGGUCACAGAGGAGCCCAUCUACAUCAUCACGGAGUUCAUGGCCAAAGGCAGCCUGCUGGACUUCCUGAAAAGUGAAGAGGGUAGCAGGCAGCCACUGCCCAAACUCAUCGACUUCUCAGCCCAGAUCGCAGAAGGCAUGGCCUUCAUCGAGAGGAGGAACUACAUCCACCGAGACCUUCGAGCUGCCAACAUCUUGGUGUCUGCAUCCCUGGUGUGCAAGAUUGCUGACUUUGGUUUGGCGCGGGUCAUCGAGGACAACGAGUACACAGCACGGGAAGGGGCAAAGUUCCCCAUCAAGUGGACAGCUCCUGAAGCCAUCAACUUUGGCUCCUUCACCAUCAAGUCAGAUGUCUGGUCCUUCGGUAUCCUGCUGAUGGAGAUUGUCACCUAUGGCCGGAUCCCUUACCCAGGGAUGUCAAACCCCGAGGUGAUCCGUGCACUGGAGCGUGGGUACCGGAUGCCUCGACCAGACAACUGCCCGGAAGAGCUCUACAACAUCAUGACUCGCUGCUGGAAGAACCGACCUGAGGAACGGCCCACCUUUGAAUACAUCCAGAGUGUGCUGGAUGACUUCUACACGGCCACCGAGAGCCAGUACCAACAGCAGCCGUGAUGGGGGUGGCCAGGCGGGGCCAGGCACUGAGGCCAUGCCUGUGCAGUGGCUCCCGGCACCCAGCUCACCCUUCCUGUUCUCAGACACCCACCCUCUCUCCAGCCACAAUUCCUCAUCUGCCAAGUGGGUGGGUCAGACUGGACACUCUCUUUUUGACUCUGGCAAUCCACAAUCUGUGAUUCUCAGGACACUUCCAGUUGACAUCUCUAUUGCCUGGGACAGCUGGAUUCUAGUUACCGCUGUGGUUUGGAUAGAAAACUUUUAAAAUGAUGAAAUAAAUAUUUAAAUAAAAGAUCUGACAGCUAAA